AUGCCGGACCUGUCAACCACGGGCCUUUCCAUUCAGAAGGUGCGCUCGGCCGACCACCUGCUCCAAAACGGCACUCGUGGACACACCUACCGUUCCGGCUCUAAUUCGUCCGACGACGAUGUACCCCUCUCCAUGCGUUUCAUGCACAAACCUUCCAGGGCCACCGAAGAAUUGCGCAAGGCCAGUGAUGACACACUUGAUGUGACCAGGCGAAACUCGCUCAGAAACGCUUUUCGCUCCCCUUCUGGUGACGACCUUUCUCAUCCGGCCUCGUCCGGACUGCCCCUCAACGCGAACGGGAACUAUCCGGAGAAAGGAAAGCUUGUGCGUAAGAAAUCCGGUGAGAUUGUCAAGCCACUUCUCAAAGAAUCUUUUUUGACUGCAAACAACCGUUCUCGCUCGCUUCCCUCCACCCCCACAUAUAAACUGGUCCAUUUUGGCGGCGACAACGAUGUGCGUUACUUCAAAAUGAAGGACAAACCCGCAGCCAUCCUGGCUUCUAAUUCUCCUACUUUGUUUCCGGAGGACGACGAUGCAUCCCUCCCCGACUUUGACGACUACUCAUCUACGGAUGAUGGGGAUUACGACAGAGGCCUUGCACGGUUUUCCUUGAAUAAUCCAUCCAUGAGUAGCUACUUUGAUUACUAUGAUGAUGAGCUCAACUCGCGCGUCGAUACGCCCAAGCCUAAAGGGAAGCGUGCAGAUGUUACACAUUACCCUAAACCUGAGUGGGACUUGCAAUUGGUAGAUUUCCCACUGCUUUCAUACCAUGCUAACAUUGUGUUGCGUAGCAUGCCCGUCUUCGUGGAACGCAUUUUCCUUUCUGUAGAUAGCAAAUAUCUCUUGGGUCAAACCGCAGUGCGCAACUUAGCCUAUGAGAAGAAAGUCACUGUUCGGUAUACCCUUGACAAUUGGGCCACAAUCGUUGAAAUUCCUUGUGUUUAUGUUUCCGAUGUCCCUCCUGUUCUCAAAGCUCAUAAUUAUGAUCGCUUUGUGUUCAAGAUCCCUCUAGACACCUUUUUCAACGGGUUCUCUAGCGGCUCCACCUCAAUACCUGAAGAUCAAGUAUGCCAAUUGUGUGUCAAGUUUUGCACACCUGUCUCCGAGUACUGGGAUAAUAAUGAUGACAAAAAUUACCUGUUCCACUUGCACAAGAUUUCUCGUCAAUCUAAUACUUCCACACCUCCUCCAAAGAAAACUGAAUUGCCACCGACUGCUAAAACAAAGCAAGAGGCCCAUAUAAAGAAACCCAAGUAUUCUCUGUCUUAUCUCAAGAAAAUGAAUUCCAAUACAACCGCUCUGGGUUCUGCUUCACCAGCUCCUGUUGUACCUGAGGAGGUGGUGCUAGCUCCGGAUGAGAUUCUCCCUGAACAACAACCUACCGCUGUCCCAGGCAAUUGUAAUGACUUUGAACUGAACAACUACUAUCUUUCUUCUCCUCUCUUCUCGAGCUGGAAUAGUAAAGACGCCGAAGAUUUGUUGAAAGGCCAGCAAAAGGUACCUAUUCGCAACGGAGCAAGUGGCGGGACCACUGCUCCAAGUUCGUUUACCCCAAUUAGAGAUUUCAGUGAGGAUUCUGUUAGCCCUGACGAAGAUGCUCCCAUCUCUCCGGUUGCCUCGCCAAGAGAUUCGAAAGAGGCGCUCAAGCAUAUGAGUUACAAGGAGUUGUUAGAGUCAUAUUGUUUCUUUACGACCCCUCAAGAUGAGAAUUCUUCCAAAACAACAUUGGUUUUGAGUGACGACCCUGGUAGCAAUUACCAAGAGAAUUUUUCUGCAACAAAACCAGUGGAUACCGCCGAUAGUAGCGCAGUCUUCACGGUUUCUUCAUUUUUGAAGAACUAA